AUGGGGCAGACCAACGUUGCGUUAGUCACCUUUGAAGGAUUGAAAGUGCCUCGCUAUGUGCGAUUCUACGGCGCCGAACUCCGCUGCUACCCUCAUCGCCCUCGCCAACUGGUUUGCAAGAUAUGUCACCGGCUCGGUCAUUGGGCUGACCACUGUCCCACGCCACACGUGCUUAUUUGUGCAACAUGCGGGACUGACAACCCAGCCCCGUCGCAUCCGUGCACCCUUCACUGCAGGUCCUGCGACGAAAGCCAUCCUACAUCCGACCCAAACUGCCCACGGCGCGCUCGCCAGACACCGGACAAGGCGUGGGUGCGUAAAGCUCUGAAGAAAAAGCAGCGUGAACUGCAGCCCCCCAGCACAUCUACUGCUUCCAAAGAUAUGGCAACGACUGGACACUCACAAGUCUCGACUCAGGGGACACUGCGAGCGCGUUCGAAGUCUCGCUCGAGAUCCCGUUGCAAAUCUCAGACCCGUUCCAAGUCUCGGUCCAGAUCCCGCGGAGCAUCAAUGCGGCCGCCCGAGAAACGCCCUCCUGACCAAACUGCACCACCCUCACAACAACCCUACAAGAAGGCCCUGCUUACCAACGCCUCUGCCAAUGUGGCCUAG